AGAGAUAAAUUGGCCAAUCAAAAUGUCUAAUUUAAAAAAUGCCAUGUAGCCAUAUUGCUGUAUUCUUUAGUUUAAAUACGUGAUUGGUUGAUUUUUUUGCGUGUCCAUUCCGUGUUUACGCAUAUCUGUCUGGACAGUCCUUUAUGUCUCAGAUUUCAAAAUGACAGUUCCCGAUAAUCAUAAAUUAUGAUUGGUUCAUAUCCUUAUCGAUUAUAUCCUGCGUUUUUUUCAUUUUCUCUUGUUCCUAUUUGCGCGCUAAAAUUUGUGAUUUAAAGACACAAAUCAUUGGCGCGAAUUUCUCCACAAUAUGUACAAUGGACACGAUUUUUUAUCGUGUAUCAAAAUUCCUACCACAAAACAAGCUGCGGCAAAGAAAUCUGAGAAAAUAGAACCGAUGGAUUUUGCAGCCGAUUAUCGUGAUUUAAUUUCAACGGCUAAUAAGGUUUUUGGAGAAGGAAAAUGGAAUCAUACUGUUGUUCAUCAGACUUUAGAUUAUGUUGAGAUCAUUGGUGCCAAAUGUAGCGUAGGAUGUGUUAGUUCCGUUAAAGUUCAACUGGAGAAUGGAAACUUUCACGAAGAUAUUGGUUAUUAUAGCGCAGAAGAAUCUACAAAAGGCUUGUCAAUACACAAUGCAAGAAUUGGUUCUGCUGUAAAUGGCUUAAGGAGAGUUUUGUUAUCAUUUGGAGGCAAAAUUGAAAGAGAAUUGCAACCACAAAAACAAAUUAAUCCUGAACAAAUUGAUGAUAUACAGAAAAGAAUGGUACAAUCAUCUGUUAAUAAGCAGAUUGAAGAAAAAUCAAAUAUUCCUAUUGAAGAGCCUGUUUAUAACAUAGAGUAUGCAAAUCUGGAAUCAGAUAAAAAUAAAGAUCGUAUUCUAGUACCUAUUGUGAAAAAGAUAACUGACGCUAAUAUUUCAUCACCAUCAUCAAAAAUGGUUAGCUCUCAAGAACUUCUAUCUUUGUCAGAUCAGAAUAAAUUAGUGACAGUACAAAAUGACAAAGCAGAUACUAAAAUUGAAGAGAAAUCAAAACAAGCAUUAUCUGCGAAAGAGUUACAACGAAUGGAGAGAAAAAGGAAGCAAAUGGAAAAACAGAUGGAAUUUAAAAAACGUAUGAUGGAAAAGGAAGGGCUUGUGGUAUUAAACAAUGAUAAUAAGCCUAAUCCUAAAUAUUAAUAAAAUAUACACAUAAAUAGCAUCAUAUAAACACAUCCAUUUUUGUAAAGCCAAGAUUAAUGUAAUAUCUGUAAUAUGUAUAUAUAUAUAAUAAAUUUAUUUUUUAUAUUAAGCAAAUGAAUUAUAUAUAAAUGAAUGAAUAAAUAAAAUUAAGAAGGGGAGCU